AUGGAGACAACGAGGAGUUUCAACGAAGUUCGGCUUUAUCUGUUCCUUCUGAAAGCACAGCGGAUAUAUUACCCGCUGCUCGCCAUCAUAGCUGUCCCCGUUAACACAGUGACGAUUGGCAUCCUCUCGCGGGGUAAGUGCGGUCUCUCCAGGUGUGUAACUCGCUACCUGAUGGCCAUGGCGGCGGCUGAUUUUCUGGUUAUCAUCCUGGAUUUGAUACUGCGGCAGAUCCCCAUAGCUUUCGCUGUGCAUUUCCUUCCUUUGCUCGAUCUCCCUAUUUGCAAUGUCCAUGCCCUGCUGCUUUACACCGCCACGGACUGUUCUAUCUGGUUCACCGUCACCUUCACCUUGGAUCGAUUUGUCGCCAUUAAUUGCCAGAAGCUGAAAGUCAAAUAUUGUACCGAGAGAACGGCGGCUGUUGUCCUGGGAACAGUCACCGUGCUGAGUUGUUUGAAGAACAGCACCUGGUACUUUACACUUACUGCGCAAUACGCCUAUCUAAAUUUCCCCUGGUUUUGUGCCAUCUCACUCGAGUUUAUGGAAUCGCCGAUCUGGGGGUCUGUCGAAGUCCUUCAUUACUUCCUCAGCCCCGGACUGCCAUUCGCCCUGAUCCUCUUGCUUAACGUUUUCACCGUUAGGCACAUUGUAGCUGCGACCAGAGCCCGCAGGAGGCUCCGGGCUCACAGCGGCGGGGGGAGGCCCAUUGACCCGGAAGUGGUCAGCAGAAAAAAAUCCAUCAUUUUACUCUUUUUCAUCUCGUGGAAUUUCAUCCUGCUCUGGGCGGUAUUUCUCGUGUACACCAUAUGGUUCAGAAUGUGGUGGCUGGGCAUUCAGUCCGUAAUUAUACCAGUGUUUGUACAGGAAAUAGGCUUCAUGCUGCAACUGCUCAGCUGCUGUACAAACACUGCUAUAUACACCGCGACCCAGACAAAGUUCAGAGAACAGUUGAAGAUUCUGUUGAAAUAUCCUAUUGUACUAAUUGCGGAAUUCAAUAAAUGA